CUCAUAUGUUCUACUCGUGGUACACUAUCUCAAGAAGGAAAAAAAAUAAGCACUUUUAUUAAGGCACGCACUCUGAGUUGGGAUUUCUUUUUUCUCACUCUUUUUUAUCUUUUUCCUUUUUCUUUCCCUUUUUUUUCAUUUUUUUUUUUCCUUUUUUUUUUAUUAUUGUUAACUCUUUUGACUUCUAUAUACCUGUUUUUAUACAUAAACUAUAAAAUAUGGUGCAUAAAGCUUCAGUAAAAAAGCUUGUAAAACCUUUACGAAAACUCUCCUUUCUAUCCACCAAUUCGAAAGUGUAUGUCAGUAAAGGGUUACCUUUUAAACUCGACUCGGUUAUUUACCUUUUCUUUUUUUAAUAGGAAUCUAUCACUAGUCCCGGAAGAAGACGAAGAACAACAACAAUAUGAAUAUCAAGAACAAAAUGAUAUUCUUACAAGGUUGCCUUAUGAACUUGCGCUUUAUAUAUUUUCUCUUCUUUGCUUUGAAGAUCUUGUACGAGUUCAACUGACUUGUAGACUAUGGUGUAGAAUAGCUCAUGAUUCUUCUCUCUGGAAAGCACGCUGUUUGGCUAUUACUCAACAACAUACUGAUCUUUCAUUUGACGACUUUCAAUGUAAUGAUGAACAAAAUGAUAUUCAACAACGAAUACGACAAAGACGAACACGUCUAUCUUGGCCAACUAGAUAUUGUCAACUACAGACUAAACUGAAUUGGAAACUGGGCGCUGUACAACAAGUACACUUGAUCAACCAACAUUGUGGUAGAAUAUUAUCUGUGAAACUCAAAGAAAAUAUGCUGGCGGCAUUAUCGGAGGUAAGUACAUAUAUAUAUUCUAUAAUAAUAAUCAUCAUCGUAAUGAAUAAAAAUUCUAAUCUUUAUUAUGUUUGAUAGGAUAAUAUGGUACGACUUUAUGAAAAUAAACAACAUGGUUUCAAAUUACGACAUACAUGGCAAUUUGGUGAUCCACAACAACAACAGACAAAAGUAGAAUGUAUUGAUCUUUUACCGGAAAUCAAUAUUAUGGCGGUGGCGUUGCACGGAUCAAAAUGCAUGUUCUACGAUAUCUCCAAGAAUUCUACCGAACCAAUUCAAGUUCUCAAAGGUGGUACACAUGCAUGGUUUGUAC